UUUAACUCCGUUCGCUCGCUAGAAACUCUCGCGGGCUAGGAAAAGUGCGUUGAAUUGUAAUGUUUUUCACCGGCUUUUCACCAAGUCGCUGUUUUGUCCUGCCUGGAUCCAGAAGCUGCUGCAAGUUAGAUUUCCGAUGGUGGUCGGAGUCGCGUCGCGUCGUCGUCGCGCCAGCAGUUGCGUCCGGGAUUCCGAUCGCUUCACUUCGAACUCGAAUGGUUCGUCGGCUUGCCGCAGCCUGUGGACCUCAACGCAUUUGAUACGUUUACGCCGCAAUAUCACACAAUCGUAGACAAGAUCCUACAAAGCCGCCGCCGUUCGUUCGCUUUAUUGACACUCGCUUCCUUUUACCACCGCUCACCCUUGACCGAGUUUUCCUUAAACAGCUUCACGAAAAAUGACCGGAAAAGGGAGAAUCCGCUCUGAAAACGUCGCAGUUUUUCCAGUUAAUGAAAGAAACACCAACGUUACCUGUGACAAGCGGUAAAAGGAUAUCACUGACAUAAUGACUCGACCGUUGAAGUGCGGCGAAAACAUGAGUGUAAUGGUUAAUAGUUAGCUUUACGAAACCAUUGACAGUCGCGAAAGCUUUUUGAAAAUUAAAUGAAUCGGGAUGGAAAUGCCUAUGUCUGUAGCUUAUUGUUAGGUGGGUGCGGGACUUGACAAAUAUUUAACAAAAAUGCCGUGGAUCAGAUCGUGCUUUUGUCAGGGCGAGAAAAAGAAGCCACCGACGAUUAGUUUGCCAAUUCAACUUCUUCUCAAU